AUGUUUGUUUUAUCCAAAUUCAAGUACACAGCAAAGAUAUUGCCGCUGCAUUUGGGCGAGGACUUUUUAAGCACGUUGAUCAAACGGAUUGAUGCCGAUUUCGCAAAUUAUGUAAGUGGCGUUCUUUAUUUUUGUGUUCAAUAUUUAGAUAAUGACUUGUUCUUUCUAUUGCGAACGAAAAAUGUUUCCAACAAAGCUGUUUUGACGCUUUUUUGUCGACAUUAUUCAUAGCACCUAUCUAAAAUAAUGUUUUAACCCCUUUCUCUCAGGUAAUCAUCGAUGUUGGACUAUGCUUGAGUUUCUACGACUUCCAAAGCAUCGGAGCGUCUUAUCUGAUGGCCGGCGAUGCCUCAAGCUAUACUCCAGUUGAAUUCCGGUACUUGGUUUUCCAGCCCUUCCGAGGUGAAGUGAUCCAAGCAACAAUUUCGUCAUGCACAACAGAUGGUGUGAAACUUACAAUGGACUUCUUCAGUGAUAUAUUUGUGACUCCAGACAACCUUCCGGAGGUCUCUAAAUUGUAAGUUGGUUCGAUUUUUAUAAUCUUGUUUUAGUGAUGAGAAGGAGCAAGUUUGGAUAUGGGAAUUCCAAUCGGAGGAAGGAGGGGAUCCCGUCAAAUUCUACAUGGAGCCGGGGAAGACUGUAAAGUAUGUUUUUCAUUAUAUUUUUUUGAAAUUUAGAGAUGAAUUUUGCAAAAUACGACUGUUUUUUCUGAAACAGCUACUUUUUGGUGGAUUUUUUGAAUUUUUGCCAAUUAUGGAUAAAUUAUUGGCUGUAACUUUUCGAAAACGUAAUUUUUUGUCAAAAUCAACUGUGCGGUUGUAGAUUCCGAGUCACAGACAUCAAAUAUCGAAGUGUUCAGCCAGGAGCAUCGUCCGAAGUCAAGGUGAUGGAGAUCACCGGAACAAUGUCAGAACAUGGUCUAGGCUGUGUGGACUGGUGGGCGCAGCCCGCAGAGCCCGAAGAUGACGCCGAACCUGCCGAAUCAUAG